AUGGAUGCGCCGGAGGCCGCGCCGUUCGGCGUCUCGGCGGCGCGCAAGGCCACCCCACACGGCCACGUCGUGCUCGCGGGCCGCGCGCGCGACGCGCUCGUGUUCGCGGCCGGCGCCGCGGCGGCCGUGCUCGUGGUCCUGGCGUCGGCGUCCGUCCUCGCGAGCGGGCCCAGCCUGUUACCCGCCGUCUUCCCCGCCGCAGAGACGCGCACGUUUUACGACGACCCGGAGGUGGCGUACACCGUCGACCGGCGCAUCACGGGGUGGGACGCCAAGCGCGCGGAGUGGCUGCGUUCGCGCGGGCUCAGCGCGGAGGCGACGGCGAAGCGCGUGGUGAUGGUGUCCGGGUCGCAGCCGGAGCCGUGCCCCGGCGCUGCGGGCGACCACCUGUUGCUGCGGUCCCUCAAGAACAAGCUCGACUACUGCCGCCUCCACGGGAUCCAGCUCUUAUACAACAGGGCUUUUCUGCAGCCGGCCAUGACGUCCUACUGGGCCAAGAUCCCCAUGGUGCGGGCAGCCAUGCUCGCCCACCCGGAGGCGGAGUGGGUCUGGUGGGUCGACGAGGACGCCAUCUUCACCGACAUGGACUUCUCCCUCCCGCUCGCCAAGUACAGCCGCCACAACUUCGUCGUCUAUGGCUGGCCCAAGAAACUGUUCGAGAAGAAGUCGUGGCUGGGCCUCAACGCCGGCGUGUUCCUCAUCCGCAACUGCCAGUGGUCGCUCGACUUCAUGGAUGAGUGGGCGCGCAUGGGUCCCACCUGGCCGGAGUACGCCCGGUGGGGCAAGGUGCUCAAGGCCACGCUCAGCGACAAGGACGACGACGUGUCUUGCGACCAGUCCGCGCUCGUGUACAUGCUCCUCAACAACUGGGCGAGGUGGGGGAACAAGACCUGCGUCGAGACCGAGUACUACUUCCAGGGCUUCUGGAAGGGCGUCAUGGACCGCCUCGACGGCGUCGCGGAGCGGUACGAGGCCGUCGAGCGGCGCACCCCGGGGCUGCGGCGGCGGCACGCGGAGCGGGAGCACCUGCGGUACGCCGCGGCGAGGAACGUGGCGGUGAGGGAGGCAGUCCCCGGGCCGGCGGGCGGAGGGAGCUCGGGGUGGCGGCGGCCGCUCAUCACGCACUUCGCGGGGUGCCAGCCCUGCAGCGGGAACCGGAACCCGAUCUACUCGAGGGAAAGCUGCGACGACGGGAUGCGCCGCGCGCUGGACUUCGCCGACGACCAGGUGCUGCGCGCCUACGGGUUCCGCCACGCCGCCCCGCUCAACGACAGCGUGCGGCCGCUGCCGUUCGACUACCCGGCCGCGCCCGCGCGGAACAGAUGACCAGGAGCGGCGAGAUCGGAGCUGCGUUUGUCCAUGCGAGUGUCCAUCGCAAUAAGGGCUCGUGCUUUCCCAAACAAGGACCAACGGAUUUGGAGCUUAUUUGGGCCCUAUUUGUAUCGAUUUGGGCCUUUCUCAUGCACUUUAUCAUUGUUAAACACUUCAGUUCGGCCGCUAAACUUUUCGUGUAGAUUUUCUUGGUCCCAUUGUAAGAAUAUUUUUUUUAAUUAAUGUUGCCCAUGUAAUUUAUCAGAUAAUCUCAA